GCAAUCCACGUACAAUACAACCUUCAAUACAACAGGGGUAAAGAUACCAUCAUGCAACAUUCAGGGUAGAAUUACGAAGGCCGCGUCUUCCAUUGGCGUAUGGCGUAAGGCGGUAUGCCUAGAUGUCUAUGCCUAAUGGCUAGACAACUGCAUACCUACCUAGGUAGGUUUACCCUAGGUUAGAUACAACACACUGAUACACAUACUUCGUAAUUGUCGUAUGAAAUAGAAUUGUGUCUAGCAAAACAAAACGAAACGAAAACACCGACUAGCCAUGGCGAAUGAAGCCAGCAAGUUGGACGUCCGCGUUCUUCAACAGCCGCAUCUUCCCAUCUUUACACGAGUCUACCGAGGCGCCGUCAUCUACGCAAUCCAAAUAUUCGGAGCGCCGCUAUACUGGUUCCGAGACUGGGCUCAUCCCCCGGAGAUCCCUCCGAACUAUGUAAAAACAUAUCCGUGUCGACCGUCUUUGCCAAUUAGGGUCUUUUUCCCCAAGUCGUACAACCCCGAGACCGCCAAGGCGACUCUACCGACCAUAUUUACUAUCCACGGCGGCGGGUUCUGCUUCGGCCGGGUAAGCGAUAAUGAUGAUUGGAAUGCGCAUUUCGCCAAUAUGCACAAUGUGCUUGUAGUCGCCCUCAAUUACCGUAAAGCCCCGUGGCAUCCUUUCCCGACUGCAACCUACGAUCUCGAAGCCCUCAUCUUAGCCAUACUUGACGAUGAUAGCCUUCCGAUCGACAAGACCCGCAUAGCCAUCGGCGGCUUCUCCGCAGGUGGUAGCUUGACCCUCAGUGUAUGUCAGCUGCCCUCGAUCCGAGAAAAGGUUAGGCCCUCGGCCGCCGUACCUAUAUAUGCUGUUAUAGACAAGACUAUUCCUCCCGAAGUCAAAGUCAAAACUCGAUACUAUAAGCCUGGUCUCGGCCCGGGUAUGCGCUCUGCGCCGGUUGAUUACCUAGCGACGCUAUCUCCAUUAUUCCUAUCGAGUUAUAUCGAACCGGGCUUUAACACAGCAGACCCGCUGCUAUCACCAUACUUUGCUCCUCGAAAUACCCUGCCUCCGCACAUCUUCUUUAUCGGAACAGAGCUGGAUCAGCUUGCACACGAAACUUGGUGCAUGGCGAAUAAACUAGCAGGACGACCGGAGCCGCCGUUGACGGAUAUUGUGGGCCAGGAGAAGCUAGGACCAGGAAAAGGGGAGCUCAUUUUAGACGAUGAGAGAUUUGCGUUCGAACAUAUCGAGGAUGAAGGGAAGAGCAGUGUACGCUGGUUACUGAUACCCGAUCAGAUCCACGGAUUUGAUCAGGUACCACCUCGGUGGCUUGGGGAAGAGGGGUUAGAGGAUGCGAAGUUGAAAGAGACAGCGUAUCAGAAAAUUCUUGGAGAGUGGCUGCUCGGAUUUGUGUGGAAAUAAACGCCCCGUUGGCUAUCAUCGUUUACUAUUUCCGAACAGGAUCUCUCAAGUCUUACCUAAGAUAGGCAGGAUACAUUCAUGCUACAGAUCACAUCACCAAUUUAUACAUAGGUACCUAGGGCACUUAUAAGAUCCUAGGAAAAGGAAAAGGGUCGACUCGACUAUUAGUAUAUGAAAACGCUCGGUAAGGUAUGUAUGUACGAAAUAGCUACAUAAUAUACAAUGUUCAAAUAUCAAA